GUUCUCUGUUUUUUUAUUUGACUCUUGCAUUUUCCCAAAGCCCAGCCCUUAUGGACUGUUGCUGCUUUCCUAAUAGUUAAUCGGGAGAUGGGCUCUGACUCCUUCAGCCUAUAAAAAGGGGAAGAGCAGCUGAGAGAAAAGGAGAGAGGACCAAGUUCUUCUUCAUCCAGCCAAGACAAGCUUACUUAGGGGCACAAGGUAAGAUAUUGUUUUGAACAGUGCCUUGUGAUUCUAAUCCGCUGCUGAUCAAGGGAAGGAUAAACAAGGAUCCUUCUUGCCUUUUGUGCUUUUGGUGCCGCUAGUAUAGUGUUGGAUGAAUUUCUCCAUUUUUGUUUCUCUUUCCUUUCUUUUAGAAAAAAUCUUCAUGAAAGGUUUUAUUUUAAUGCAAUUUCCCUCGAAUAUACAUACGCUUGAAUGCAGUUCUGCCUCAUAUAUGUUUCCCUUAAUGCAGUGCACUUUUGUAUCUUAUUUUCACUAAUAUAUGCUAUUCUUAUGCACACUUUAUCCAGGUAUAUGCAUUUUUGUACAUGCCCCUUAGCUAGAGAGGUGCAAAAUUCAAAGAAUGGUUGUGCUUUGGUUCAUGUAUUGUUUUGGAGAGUGACAAUUUAGUCACCCAUAAAUGUGAACUGAAUGGAAUUUCUCCUUCAUCCCUGCACUGGUACUAGUUAGUCCAGAAGACAUUUAACUGAAGAGGGGCUGCAGUGGGUGGGUGGGCAGGCCUUCAAAAAGCUGCUUUAGGGGAAAUAAGAUCUGCCAGCUCUGAUUGCUGUAUCUUCUGCUUUGCUGUUCAUGUGAUCUCGUCCAUUUGAUUUUCUCCUGAUUGGUUUCUCUCUUAAACCAACCUUUCUGCUUCUAAUUUUAUUUUAAAUGACGUCUGGGUGCAAGCCUCUCUGGGGUGAGCCACCAAGAAAACUUUCCUCUAGUCACCAUUUGCUUUAGCACAGCUAGUGAGGGCUUAGAAGACUUUUUCUGUGAAGAGGCAGAACAAAGUUGGGCAAAAUAGUCCUUCAGGAAUGCCUCUAGGUUCCAAACUGUUUGGUGUUUUAAAGGCAAGCUGCACUACUGGAAUUGUGCCACAAACCAGACUGGGAGCCACUGUUAUUGUUUACACACAGCCACAAUACGUUACCAUCUGCUGAGCAUGGUGGCUUAAUUUUGAACCAACUCCUGUUCCCUUCAUGCAACGCAUUGCAGUAGGUUAAUGAAUCAGAGGCGGUUUUAGGGCAGUACGACCGGUUUGGAUGCACUGGGUUGCAGGUGCCACGGGGGUUGGGCAGGGCACGGAUCCGCAACAAUGAUGUCAAAUUGAGCAUGAGAGGUGGGGGGCACUGAAUCUUAGCACUACAAAGGGCGUCGCUGAAAUUUGAGAGCCCAAAGUUUGCCACCGAAUGAACACCUGACACAUAGUGUUCUGAAAAAGGACUGUUAAAGGAGAGUUCACACUCUUGUCAAGUUUCUGAAAAGUUAUUGUUGCGACUGCAUAGUUGGGAGUUCCCCGUAGAAUUCAAAGCAGUGCUACGUGAAUAUCCUAUCAGUGCAAGGAUUUCUGCUUGUGCAAUGGAACAUUCUCCCCCUCUCCUGCCCCUGCCCCAUCCCUCACAAAUCUGUUCUAGGCAUUCAUCCAAACCUCUAGGGCAGAUCUGUGGGGAGGAGGGGAGAGUUUGGUUGCACAAGCAUAAAUCCGUGCGGCGAUGGAGCAAGUGCUUUGGAAACUGCCCUGCGUUUCAUGUUGUAGCAAAGGCAAUGUGGUCGGAUUUGUAUUUAGAGCUGCAUAAAACAAUCAGUCUUACUUCUUUCCUAUACUCUUUUGCAGCUAUGGCAAUGAGGUUAUUAUUCCUCUUGACUGGACUGGCACUAUUGAGUGGUAAGUAAACCGGACCAAAGGCCACCUCCUCAUUUUGGGGAUGGCCAGUAAGGAAGCAUGCACUUUCAUAUGGCCUGGCACGGUGAAAAUUUACUACACAAAUGGAUGUGAAAAGGGGAUGCUGGUAUUCGUUCAGUAUGAGCCACUUCCUUAAAAGUUAUUUAAUUUUUAAAAAAUAUAUUUCUUAUAUAGAGCUACACAGUCAUCAUUGAAAGACAUUUGCAUUAACCGUCCCCUCUUAUUGUUUAUACUAAUUUGUUGCACCAUGAGGGGAAUACUGGCUGCCAACAUGGGGCUCAAACCCAUGGCCCUGAGUUUAAGAGUCUCACACUCUACCAACUGAGCUAUCUCUCAUGACAAACCUGGGUCCUAGUUUCAUGAGAGAGGGAAGUAAAUUUCACUAUCCACUUUCUCCAUGUGAUUAUUCAGAUGCUCAUAGCUGUAUGGGGUUCUUCCCCAGUAUAUAUUAUUCCAAAUGUGGCCACACCAUUCCAUAUAUAUUUGUGAAUGAGACUUGCAAUACUAUUUUUGAUCCGUUUCUAUUUUCUUCCUCUCAGGGCCGUGCACAGCAAGUUCCCAAGGAAAGGAAUUUGUCACAGCCUUCAUGCUCAACAUCAAACAGAAUCAACGCAAUACUAAGCUUGAGUUGCUCAUCACUGGGUACCAUCCUGCAACCACCGUCACGGUCACAUCAAACAAAGCUACAUUCCAGAACACCGUUCCUGUCAAUGAAGGGGAAACUGUGUCCAUUGAGCUUCCAGCUUCCACAGAGAUGGUGGGGACGGACACCUUUGACAGGGCUGUGACGAUCCGAGCAAACCAUGACAUCUCUGUCUUUUCCCGCAGCCACAAGGACUAUUCAACUGGUGCCAUGGUAGUGUACCCAGUCGAGCAGCUGGGCAUGUUGUAUUAUGUGGUAACCCCAGUGGGUGAAAUGGCAGACACUUUCAAGGAGUUUGCAGUUGUGGCCUAUGAAGCAGCCACUAGGGUCGACAUCCGUUUGACGGGGUCUGUGACAUUCAAAGGACGUGUUUAUCCCGCCGGGAGCAUUCUGGUUGUUAACCUCAAGGCCUUCCAAGCAAUCCAGCUGCAAAGCUUGCAGGAUCUAUCUGGCACCAAGGUUGAAUCAAGUGGACCUGUGGCUGUCUUGAGUGGGCACAGCUGUGCCAAGAACCACACACACUGUGACCAUGUUGUCGAGCAGCUCCUGCCCGUUUCACGCUGGGGUGCCGCCUUCCUUGUGCCCCCAGUGUCCUUCCAGAGCAGAUACGAUAUGGCGUAUAUCGUUGCAUCCCAAAACACUUCAGUCACAUAUCAAUCCGGACCCACAGCAGGAAACUAUAAUAUGAGAGCUGGAGAAGCUAUUCAGUUGAGUAUCCAGCCCUCUCGGGCACUUUACAUCUCAGCUGACAGAGGAAUCCAAGUCCUUUUCUUCUUUGCUGGUGCAUCAAGAGGAAGAACGAUCUAUGACCCAUUCCUCAUCAAUAUUCCUCCACUGACAAGCUACUGUAGGUCAUACCGCAUUGAGGGAAUUGCUGGGUUUGAUAAUUAUGCAGUUAUUAUAGCCAAAACCUCAGAAACCAGCGAGAUCACAUUAGAGAAGAGGGCUGUUGAAAACAUCCAGUGGAGACCAAUCCCAGCCACAGAAUACUCCUCUGCUCAGCUCAGCUUGGGCAGAAAAGCUAACUCCCUCUCCCUGGAGCACCCCAGCACUCCUUUUGGACUCUUCAUUUUUGGAGGCUCAUUCCGCGAUGGCUAUGGCUCCAUAGCCCUUUGCUCAUCUGGUAAGUAUUGAAUAGGCUACUAGGGAAUGAACAAAUAGUUGACAAUAGUCUUGACCAGGCUUCUUCAACCUUGGCCCUUCAGAUGUUUUGGCCUAGAACUCCCAUGAUUCUUAGCUAGCAGGACCAGUGGACAGGGAUGAUGGGAAGUGUAGUCUCAAAACAUCUGGAGGGCUGAGGUUGAGGAAGCCUGGUCAUGACUCUUGGAUAGGUGGACUUGCAAAAAAUUCUGCAUUGUUUUUCUGCCUCAGAAAUUCCCCCCACAGCCACUGCUUCUCCCUUCUACUGCAACUCUUUUCUUUUCCUGCCCUAUUCUUGACUGUAAUCUGUAUGUGGCUCCUUCACUUUGGAAUCCCACAGAUGAAAUUAUUGCCACAUUUGAACUAGGGAUGGGGGGAGAAAUUCAAUUUGAUCACAUUCAAAGAUGAACCCACAUAAUUUACACUUUCCGGAACAAUACAUGAACCAAAACACAACUAUCCGUUGAAAUUCACACUUCUUCAGAUUUUGCAUUGCAGUCCCCCAACCAACACAUGUUUACAAAAAUGCAUAGGGUUAACUGUACACAGAAGUGUACACAUGCUUUUGGUGAUACAGUAUCAUUCCCGAAACCUUCGUUUGUAGCUAGGUUCUGUGGAAAAUGUGACCAAAUUUACAUAAUAAUACUAAGGGUGAAAAAUGUACAGUGAGCUGUCCAAACAGUUGCCACAAAUAUUCCCAUGCCACAAAAGCACAAAUGACAUAAAAAUAAGGCUAAUGUCACAUUUGAUGACUGCUAAUUGGAACCCAUCUGGCAGUUCCUGUUUGUACCCAGUUUAUUUCCUGUGCCACUGGGCUACAAUGAAUUAAAGUGCUGGGGCACAAAACUACAGUCAUACCUCGGUUGAAUAUGCUUCAUGUUGAGCGUGUUCGAGUUGCGCUCUGCGGCAACCUGGAAGUAACGGAGUGCGUUACUUCCGGGUUUCACCGCUCAUGCAUGCGUAGACACUCAAAACGACAUCAUGCGCAUGCGCAGAAGUGGCGAAAAGCAACACGCGCGUGUGCAGACGUACCGUCACUAGUUACGUUUGCUUCUGGAUGCGAACGGGGCUCCAGAACGGAUCCUGUUCGCAUCCCGAGGUACCACUGUACAAGCCAAUAUGUCAAUAGAAAAAUGUUCCUCAGAAGUGAAGGAAUUUUGAAUCAUUAAUUGACCUGAGAACACACCUGACCUUUUUUUUUUAUCAGUGUUUGAUCCAGACACAACCGUGGCUCCAUUAUCCUGCCCUGAGAACAGCCACUUUGAGGCCUGUGGAAGUGCCUGCCCAGCCACCUGCUCUCACAGAACUGUUCCCUCUGAGUGCACAGAGACCUGUGUGGAAAUCUGCCAGUGCAAUAGAGGCUACAUCCUCAGUGAUGAGAAGUGCAUCCCAGUGGAGAGCUGCACCAACACUUCUAUGGGUAUGAACUGCAAUGCAGGGCGGGAGUCCUGGGCUCAUGAAGACAGCCAGACUCUCUGCAAGCGUUACGCCAAAUUACAUAGGGAGUAUAACAUUUGACUGCUGAGACCAUAUAAUACCAGUCUUUGAAAGACCUACAUUGGCUCCCAGUACAUUUCCUAGCACAAUUCAAAGUGUUGGUGCUGACCUUUAAAGCCCUAAACAGCCUCAGCCUUGUAUACCUGAAGGAGUGUCUUCUCCCCCAUAGUUCAGCCCAGACACUGAGGUCCAGCUCCGAGGGCCUUCUGGCAGUUCCCUCCCUGCAAGAAAUGAAGCUUACAGGGAACCAGGUAGAGGGCCUUCUUGGUGGUGGCGCCCGCCCUGUGGAAUGCCCUCCCACCUGAUGUUAAGGAGAUGAGUAAUUACAUAACAUUUAGGAAACAUCUGAAGGCAGCCCUGUAUAGGGAAGCUUUUUAAGGUUUAAGGUUUAACUAUGUUUUUAUAUAUGCUGGAAGCUGCCUAGAGUGGCUGGGGCAACCCACUCAGAUGGGUGGGGUGUAUAAACAACAACAACAACAACAAUAUAAUUAUUAUUAUUAUUAUUAUUAUUAUUGACUGGAAGGAAAGAGGGACUUUUACUCCCUCAAUCUUUUCCGUCCUUACUGGAGCCUUGAAUUACUUUGCUUUUCCUGAUUUUUAAAAUAUGUAAUCACACCUGACUACUUUUGAACAUUGCUUUCCUUCAGGUCCCACUGACCCCCCAAUAGACUGUCCUGAGAACAGCCACUUUGAGACCUGUGGGAAUCCCUGCCCAGCCACAUGUUCAGACAGAACUGCUCCCGAUGAAUGCACAGAUGGCUGUGUGGAAAUAUGCCAGUGUGAUGCGGGAUACAUCCUUAAUGAUGAAAAAUGCGUCCCAGUCGAGAGCUGCCCCAGCACUUUGACAGGUAUGGACUGCAAUGCCAGGCAAGAGUUCUGGGCUGAUGAAGACUGCCACAUUAUUUGCAAUUGCUACCCUAAAUUAGGGAUGGUUGUGUACAAAAAGACUUUUUGUGAGGCCAAGAAGAAAAGCCUCAGGCACUGUAGGGGAUGGAGGCUGUGAGCUUUCAGAAGUAGCUCUGCUGCCAGAGCUAGGUUAGGAGAGGCGUGGAUUGAGGUGUUCAGAGAAUCAAGUGAGGCCAGUUUGAGCCCUUGCGGGUGUCAAGCCUAGCCUGCAAUUUAGCUUGAUACCCAUGGCUCUCACAUUUUCAACUCAGUUGCUGCCUCGCGAACCAAGACACAAAGGACUUUUUCACCCUGCCAUCCUUCAUUAGAACAGCAACUGCAUGCAAGGGUUUUGUGGGUGGCAAAAAGGAAUCAACUUUGAGGUCAUUCUGUGGAUGAAGAUGCAACCUUUUGCAAAUGCCACCUCCUUCCAAGGUCAACAGGCUUCCUUUUGGGAAGAUGUCAACUCCUGCCCGCAUGUGUUAGCUUCAUGGUCCAUGGGCCCCUGUCCCUGAAGUCACAUGGCUUCCUCUGUCCCCAACCUCCAUGAGUAAGGUAUGAACAUCUGUCUGAUGCAUGGAGAUUGUGGUGCUCUGUGACCACAGGGGAAUAAAGCAAUAGGCAUUCCACUAUCCCUGCCUAAAUCUAAUUGUUUUUUUUUUACAGUCCUGAGCCACAUGCAAAUCAAUUUCAUUGAGAAGGCCUAGUUUCACUAACAUGGGAGAUAUUUUUUUUCUCCCCACUUUCCCUGCAUUUUAAAAAUACCAAAUAUAUCAUGUCCUCCUAUGCAAGGUGCUUCUGAUACUUCAACUAUUUCAGCUGCCGCUUUUUGUCCUUUUCCUUGCUCCAGGAUGGCCCUUUUGUGACACGGCAACUAGAACACUAUUAUGCAUUAAACAUCUAUCCCAUCUAUUUCUCCAAAGAGCCUAAGAAACAAUACAAGAAACAGAGCAGAACAAAAUUCUGAAUAUUCAUUCCAGUUAAUAAAUUAGCAACCCUUUUAACAAAUCUCAAUAACCCCAAAACAAUGUAGAAUGGUGCUAGGAAAGUAAAAUACGUAGUAUUUUCAAUGGCCUAAUAUAAAAGCCAGGUUUUUACCUCUUGCCUGACACAGUAGAGCGAUGGGACCUAAUGGAACUUCCUCGACAAGGCAUUUAAUUAGGUAGGUGCCACAACAAAAAAGACCCUACUAAUGGAGCUUUAAGGGACUUGGAAGAAGGCCCUAGAUGACCGCAGUACAGUUGUACCUUGGUUGUGGAACAGAAUCCAUUCCAGACGUCUAUUCGACUUCUGAAAAUGUUCGACAACCGAGGUGCAGCUUCCGAUUGGCUGCAGGAGCACACAAUUGGAAGCUGUGGAAGCCGCAUCAGACAUUCGGGUUCCAAAUAACAUUUGCAAACCAGAACACUCAAUUCUGGGUUUUCAGCAUUCAGGAGCCAAAAAGUUCAACUCGCAAGGUGUUCAGGAUCCAAGGUACGACUGUAUAAUAAAAGGUUUGACUUGGAAAUUUGCUGCAGAGAGUGUGUGCCCCAGAACCAUUUAAUUCCUGACUGCAGCCUUGAAUAAGCUUUGUUUUUCCUUAACUUUUUUUAAUUACACCUGACCAGCUUUGAUCAUUCUUAUUCCUCCAGUUCCCACCUCAGCCCCAGUACCCUGCCCUGAAAACAGCCACUUUGUGUCCUGUGGAACUCCAUGCCCAGCUACCUGUUCCGACAAAAGUGCUCCCGAAACGUGCAAUGAUACCUGUGUGGCGGCCUGUCAGUGUGAUGAGGGCUACGUCCUUAGUGCUGAAGCCUGCAUCCCAGUGGAGAAGUGCCCUUGCAUUUACAAAGGGGUGAGCUACAGCGCAGGAGAGGAGUUCUGGGCUGAUGAAGGCUGUCAUACUCGCUGCAAGUGCGACUCCAAAUUAGGGAAGGUUACAUGCACCAAGUCCUCCUGUAAGGCCAAUGAAAAAUGUGCCCUGGUGAAUGGCAUUUGGGGCUGUCAUCCCACCAGCUAUUUCACCUGCAUAGGAACUGGAGACCCUCACUACACCACCUUUGAUGGAAAGAAAUUUAACUUCAUGGGAACCUGCAUUUAUCAAAUGGCCGGAGUCUGCUCCAAGGACCCCGCUCUCACCCCGUUUUCGGUCACGGUGGAGAACAACAACCGAGGCAGCAAGGCGGUGUCCUUCACCAAAGUGGUGACACUAGAGGUCUACAACAUGACCAUCAGUCUGAGCCAAGAACAUCCACAGAAGAUUAAGGUACAUAUGCCAGGUGAUAAGGAAGAGUGGGGCAGAUUUAAAUUCAGCACUUGAUUUUGGGUUCAACCAGCACCUCAUUGAGCAAUGAGGUCCUCUGGCAGGGCCAUUGCAUCUGAUUCUUAAUGUUAGAAUGUCAACAGUCUUUCUGUUGUGGUUUACAAGGCUAAAGGAUGUGAGGCCAGGACAGGAAAAUGUGCUGAAUGAGGAAAUUGUGUUCUGUAUUGUGUUAUACUGGAUACCAGCAACAAGGAAGAAAGAUACUAGGCAGUAGCACUGAGGGAUGCAGAAAUGGAAUUAGUUCACAUUUAAAGGGGUGGUGCUGUGGGUUAAACCACAGAGUCUAGGACUUGCCGAUCAGAAGGUCGGUGGUUCGAAUCCCCGCGACGGGGUGAGCUCCCGUUGCUCAGUCCCUGCUCCUGCCAACCUAGCAGUUUGAAAGCACGUCAAAGUGCAAGUAGAUAAAUAGGGACCGCUCCGGUGGGAAGGUAAACGCCGUUUUCGUGCGCUGCUCUGGUUUGCCAGAAAUGGCUUAGUCAUGCUAGCCACAUGACCUGGAAGCUGUAUGCCAGCUCCCUCGGCCAAUAAAGCGAGAAGAGCGCUGCAACCCCAGAGUCGGUCACGAUUGGACCUAAUGGCCAGGGGUCCUUUACCUACCAAAUCAGCAGUUUCCGAAACAAUAUGCAAACUGAAGCACAGCCAUCCUUCAGAAUUCACACUUCUCCAACCAUAUAAUGUGUUUAAAAAUGCUUUUACUAGGGGAAUAAAUGCAGAUAGUAUUGAAAAUAACAUAUGGAAACACAUUAUAUUAGGGGAAAUUGUUUGAAACUGUGUGCAUUAUUCAAAACUGCAAACAAAAAUGUGUUUAUUGGGAGAAGUUGGCACUAAAAUUAGCUUUUUUAAAAAAGAUCACAAAUUGCUGCAGAAAUGUAGAUAACUUGGCAUGCCAACCCUGCAGAUGUAAUGAGGGCCAAAAAGUUGUGUGAGGAGGGAACUAUGAUUAAUAUCGUUUCACUGAUGUGAUUCAUAGAAUCAUAGAAUGAUCUAGUUGGAAGGAACCACCAAGGUCAUCUGGCCUAACCCCCGUGCAAUGCUGGAAUCCUUUGCCAAAUGUGCAGCUUGAACUGACUGAACUACCCCAGAUCUAACAAAGCAAUUUAUAAGCUGCUGGUCUCAAGUUCAGUUCAGACAUGCAAAUCAGCACCUCUGGUUGCUGUCCCAUCUCUUGUAGAAAUUGCUGAUUUGUGGUGUAGUGGUUAAGAGCGGUGGACUCAUAAUCUCAUGAACCGGGUUUGAUUCCCUGCUCCUCCACAUCCAGCUGCUGGGUGACCUUGGGCUAGUCACACUUCUCUGAAGUCUCUCAGCCCCACUCACCUCACAGAGUGUUUGUUGUGUGGGAGAAAGGGAAAGGAGAUUGUUAGCCACUUUGAGACUCCUUAGGGUAGUGAUAAAGCGGGAUAUCAAAUCCAAACUCUUCUUCUUCUUUAAACGAUUCCAUCAUAUGGUGAUUAUAAUGUGAGAGACAUAUCAGCUUUCUGCCUCAAGCAUGCAUGCUACUUUCACAAGCUGAAAAGGCAUUAAACAUAAAAUCUGUUUUCUGGUGCAUGUUCUUAAUAAUUAGGCCAUUCCAUGGCUUCUUGAAAUUGUCAUAUGACAAAUUUUGCCCUGUAAAUCUGUCUUAAGUGGGACGGUUUUUCCAAGAGCCCAGAGGUACUAGAGAAGAGCAGUAGAUAAUCUUGGGUUGGGGCAGUUCAAGCUUUCUAAAAGUCAGUGGCAAAGUGAUACCAGCAACAAGGGCCUGGCGUCUGCUGAUGACCCACAACCCAGCCUGGGUCCACUGACAGCAGCCUCCUGGACCUGCUCCCCCUCCUCACAAUGGCUACCUGCUUGUACACCAACCUCACUGUGUAUCUGGCUGAGACAAGAGUGGUGAUGAUUAAGAGGAGCAGUAGACACCACUGCCUGCUUGCUCACUGGCUCUCUGUCAGACAAGCAAGGGAGAGGAGCAGCAGGUGGCAACAAUGGAGAUCAGGUCGAAAACUGAUUGAAGGAGGACACACUGAGGGAGAGGGGUAUGAGGAGGCCAUUUUGCCUAAGAGCCUGUAGAGCCUGGAACCAGCACAGUGCAAUAGAACACAGAGGGUUUACAGUGGUACCUCGGGUUACAGACGCUUCAGGUCAUAGACGCUUCAGGUUACAGACUCUGCAAACCCAGAAAUAGUACCUCGGGUUAAGAACUUUGCUUCAGGAUGAGAACAGAAAUCGUGCGGUGGCAGCGGGAGCCCCCAUUAGCUAAAGUAGUACCUCAGGUUAAGAACAGUUUCAGGUUAAGAACGGACCUCCAGAACGAAUUAAGUUCUUAACCCGAGGUACCACUGUAUCUCUAAAUGACAAAUUCCUGUUUCAAUAUUCAAUAGUAGAAGCAGUCUUCCUUCUUAGCCUCAGGGUUCUGAUGAUGUCAUGUGGGGGCAAGUCAUUUCCUUCUCAUUGUAGGGCCAGCAAAAGUGAAUAAAACCCAUAGAUUAUACAACAUAUAGCAAGGGUGGAAAAUAAGUGGCCUGCCAAGUGUUGCUGAACUACAUCCCCCAUCAUUUCUAACCACUGGCAAUGCUGGCUGAGGCCACAUGCUCUCCACCCCUGGCAUACAGCACAGAUUGUGCCUCUCACUAGUGAAAAUAUGUCCUAGUUGGGUUUUUCCCCCUGAAUUUGCUGAACUCUCAGUGUGACAGUGACUUCCAUAUAUUUUCCAGGUGAAUGGAGUCUUUGUGGACCUGCCCUUCUCCUAUGGGAAGAAACUGAAGGUCUACAUCAGUGGAGUCCAUGGCUUCAUCAAAACAGACUUUGAUCUGAGAGUCAGCUUUGACUGGUACAGUUAUGCCAGGGUCAUUAUUCCCAGCACUUAUGCCAAUGCUGUGUGUGGUCUGUGUGGCAAUGCUAACCAGGACCCCAGUGAUGACUUUGCUAUGAAGGAUGGAGCUCAGACAACAGAUGAAAUCCAGUUUGCAGACAGCUGGAAGUUGAAGGAGGUCCCAGGAUGCUCUGCAGGAUGCAGUGACUGCCCAGUAUGCAGUGAGGCAGAGAAGCAGACCUACAAGGGGGAUCAGUUCUGUGGGAUCCUCAAGAGAAGGGAUGGGCCGUUCAGGCAGUGCCAUGAGACCAUUGACCCAACACCUUACUUCGAUGAUUGUGUUUUCGACACCUGCCAAUACAAGGGUCAUCACGACACUCUCUGCAGUGCCAUCAGUGUCUACGUGACAGCCUGCCAAUCUUUGAACAUUGAGGUUGGGAAAUGGAGAUCAGCCUCUUUCUGCAGUAAGUACUGUAUUACUUUCUGAAUCUGGAUCUGAGUUCAGUUAAAUAUUGGGUGUUGAUGGCCGCAAUGCAGUCUUAGAAUUUGGAAAAAACCAAACCCAUGAAUCAUUUGAUAAGGAUUUCAGGGUACUGUGUAAAAGACAACAUUGUAUCAAGGAUUGCUUAAAGAGUUACAACUCUACAGGAAUACUAGGUGGAAUGACUCUCUGUGCUUUGGUUUUUUCCUGUAGUGCCUCACAGACCUGGGGCUGUACAGUGGUACCUCGGGUUAAGAACUUAAUUUUUUCCGGAGGUCACUUCUUAAACUGAAACUGUUCUUAACCUGAAGCACCACUUUAGCUAAUGGGGCCUCCUCCUGCUUCCGCGUCGCCGGAGCACGAUUUCUGUUCUCAUCCUGAGGCAAAGUUCUUAACCUGAGGUACUAUUUCUGGGUUAGUGGAGUCUGUAACCUGAAGCGUCUGCAACCUGAAGCGUCUGUAACCCGAGAUACCACUGUAUUCCACAUAGCAUUAAGGAGACCAUCCUGUCAGCCUGAUGGAAUGAUCUCCCUUCUUUGCCCCAGGGUUCUCCCAACUCCCUAGAAAAGAUUUGGGGAGAGUGUGGUGGCAUGCAGGGGGAGGAGAAUGGAGAAAAGUCCCAUUGUCCUAGCAGGUAUUGCACUAGCACAUUGAUUUAGUUCUGCACAUCCCUAGAUGCCCAAUUUGUGCACAUUAUUCUCCAACGCCAAAUUGAAUGGUCGUAUGUUUUUUUUAAAAAAUGAAAGAUUUCUUGAACUGCUGCGUGAGCACAAAGAAGGCAUUGCAUUGUUAAAUUAGCAGUUACCAUUCCCCCAAAUACAUAGGGGUGCUUCAUUUUCACUCAUCUCCAGAAAUGAGUGUCAAGGAGGGGGUCACUUUCCCAAACCCUCCCUCCAAGCUACUAGUCAAUCACACACAGGCACUGAACAGGUUGCCAAGCUUUAUUGACUUCUUCUCUGGCACCAGCCACAGAACAUCAAACAGCAAGUUGAAAACAUGGCAUGUUCUCUCCCUUAGCCGGAAGGUUAGCUCGAAGAUUUAUAUGGGUUGGGGAAUGCUGGCUAGAAGCCAGCGCCUUCAAAUACUCCCACUUUGGGAACUAAUUGUGACCACCUUCCUGAGGGGCCCCACCCAGAGAUACUUGCUCUCAGGAUCACUACUUCAUGACAAACCUAAGUUUUUUGUCCCUCAUCCAGCCCACCACUGAAUCUAGGCACCAGUUCAUAACAGUCACAGCCCCUCCUGACUCAGAUGCAACAGAAAAAGCACUAGAAUAAGCAAACUACAGGUAUUUUUUUGUGGUGUGUGUGUUAAAAGGACAUUUUGAACCACAUGGUGCCCAAAUGUCUUCACAUAAUAACACUUUGGUGGUGCUUUUGCUGAGUCUUAGUUAUAUUCCAAAGGCUGGUAUAAUUGUCUUUAUUCUUUACUUCCAGGACUUCCCUGUCAACCCAAUUCCCACUAUGAGCUCUGUGGAAGCGGUUGUCCCAGCACAUGCCAGAACCGUUCCUCCACCAUAAAGUGUGGUGGACCUUGCGAUGCACCAUGUACUGAAGGAUGCUUUUGUGAUCCUGGAUUCGUGCUCAGUGGGGAUCAGUGUGUGCAUCUUGCAGAGUGUGGCUGUGUGCACCAGGGCAGAUACUACAAAAAGGGAGAGGAGUUUUAUCCCAGUAGCUCCUGCCAGGAGAAGUGCCGCUGCCUGGACAAUGGAGCCACCAAGUGUCAGCAGUUCUCCUGUGGAGCGCAUGAGGAGUGCAGGGUGGAGAACGGCAUCCAAGGCUGUCACCCUGCGGGAUAUGGUACAGCUAUAGCACUUGGUGACCCCCUUUAUAUUUCCUUUGAUGGACAAAGCUUUCACUUCCAUGGCUCCUGCACUUACACCUUAGCCAAAGUCUGCAGCACAGACCCUCGGCUACAGAAUUUCUCCAUUUUGGUGGAGAACGAGAAGCUUGGAAAUGGACACCUUGCUCAGAUAAGGAAGGUUGUGGUCUCUGUUCAUCAGCACACUAUUGUCCUUGAAAGGGGAAGGAAAUGGAUAGCUAUGGUAUGUAUAGGCCACUCAUAUCAGAUUAUUAUUACUAUUUGAAAUAAAAGGGACGCGGUUGGUGCUGAGGUCUAAACCACUGAGCCUCUUGGCUUGCUGAUCGGAAGGUCAGUGGUUUGAAUCCCCACGAUGAGGUGAGCUCCCAUUGCUCUGUCCCAGCUCCUGCCAACCUAGCAGAUCGAAAGCACACCAGUGCAAGUAGAUAAAUAGGCACCGCUCUGGCAGGAAGGUGAACAGCAUUUCCAUGUGCUUCCGUCACGGUGUCCUGUUGUGCCAGAAGCAGUUUAGUCAUGCUGGCCACAUGACCUGGAAAGUUGUCUGUGGACAAACGCCAGCUCCCUCGGCCUGAAAGCGAGAUGAGCGCCGCAACCCCAUAGUCGCCUUUGACUGCACUCAACUGUCCAAGGGUCCUUUACCUUUACCUAUGAUUUCAAAUGAAUAACAUGCCCUUCUUAUGCAAAGAGAGUCCAGGGCAGCUUGCAGUCAUAAAAUUACAGGAAAAGCAUUUGUUAUAGUAAUUAAAUUCUUUUUUUAAAAAAAGAUGACAUUUCUUUAGAUCACUGGAAUGAGAAACAGCAUGUGCAAAAGGAUAUGUGUGUGUCUUUUGUAUUUGUGUGUUCUUGAGAAUUUGCAUGUGCUCAGAGCUGACCCCCAUGAAUUUGCUUCUUUCUUCUUUGCUGAUGCAGGUGGAUGAAGAAUUCUGCACUUUGCCAGUGAAUAGAGACGAGAGGAAACUCUGGAUCACUCAGGAGGGGAUCAAUAUAAUUCUUCAGGCGUCCUUUGGCCUCACAGUCCUUUAUGAUACCUCUUCCUAUGUCCGUGUGACUGUCCCCAGCACCUACCAGGGACACAUGUGUGGUCUGGGUGGCAAUUUCAAUGGCGAUGAGAGGGACGAUUUCAUGCUGCCUAGUGGGGAAUCCGCAGAAACGGUGGAUGAGUUUGGGGCCUCCUGGCAGGUCCCUCUGGAUGGUGCCAUCUGCUCCAGUGGCUGUGGUGAGGAAUGCCCCAUUUUUGAUACAGUCCAGACAGCACCGUAUGAAAAUGACGACUCCUGUGGAAUGAUCACGUCCGAGACAGGACCAUUCAAAGACUGCUCCUCAUUAGUAAGCCCCUCAGAUUACCUUGAGCAAUGCCUGUAUGACUUGGCUGCAGCCAAAGGGGAGCAGGAGUAUCUCUGCCGAAACCUUCAAGCCUAUGCAGCUGCGUGCCAGUCUGCUGGAGUCAAGAUUGGAGCCUGGAGAACAAAGUCCUUCUGUCGUAAGUUGGAUGAAAAGGUUUCUUCAUCUCUACCUUUUCGGUAGUGAGUCUCCCCCAAACCCAGAGUAAUCUGAGCUAUUGGUUGAGUUAUGCAAGUUUCAGUGAUAUGCAAUCACUUGUUCUCUCACCUUUUCUCCCAACCUUUUUCUCCCUCUUAUCUUCCUACGGGGUUCCUGUUUUUCAACCCGCUGCCUUAUUUUGCAAUCUUUCUUGACUCUGAGUUCCUUGUGAGAGGGCCUAUAAAUGCAUCAGGUCUGGUUUACAUUGUUAAGUAAUGCACAUUGCCACUCUGCCUGGCAUGGGAUAUCUCAAUCCAACAUGUUGUUGUUGUUUAGUCAUUUAGUCGUGUCCGACUCUUCGUGACCCCAUGGACCAGAGCACGCCAGGCACUUCUGUCUUCCACUGCCUCCCGCAGUUUGGUCAGACUCAUGCUGGUAGCUUCGAGAACACUAUCCAACCAUCUCGUCCUCUGUCGUCCCCUUCUCCUUGUGCCCUCCAUCUUUCCCAACAUCAGGGUCUUUUCCAGGGAGUCUUCUCUUCUCAUGAGGUGGCCAAAGUAUUGGAGCCUCAGCUUCAGGACCUGUCCUUCCAGUGAGCACUCAGGGCUGAUUUCCUUAAGAAUGGGUAGGUUUGUUCUUCUUGCAGUCCAUGGGACUCUCAAGAGUCUCCUCCAGCACCAUAAUUCAAAAGCAUCAAUUCUUCGGUGAUCAGCCUUCUUUAUGGUCCAGCUCUCACUUCCGUACAUCACUACUGGGAAAACCAUCGCUUUAACUAUAUGGAUCUUUGUUGGCAAGGUGAUGUCUCUGCUUUUUAAGAUGCUGUCUAGGUUUGUCAUUGCUUUUCUCCCAAGACAGUCCAACAUAGGAUACCUCAAAACAACAAUUACCUAAUAUUACCAAUAUUUAUGAUUUACAUAUUUAUUCCCUGAGAGGCUGGAAUGUUUGUGAACACUUCCAAGUCAGCUAUAGUGUCAGAAGCUUCUGUGCCAUAAUACUGAUGAAGCAAAAUGGUUGAAAAUAAUUGUUUUCAUUUUGGAAAGCCUCCCUAUUCUAUGUUUGUCAAACAUUGCUUUUUCUGCUCUCUCUCUCUCUGUAGCCCUCACCUGCCCAGCCAAUAGUCACUAUGAGACAUGCACAAAACCAGUUUGUGAUUUCAGCUGUGCCAGCUUGUCCACUCCACUCCAGUGCACCAGAAAAUGCUUUGAAGGCUGUCAAUGUGAUGAUGGCUACUUGUUUGAUGGGGAUACAUGUGUGCCUACAGACAAAUGUGGCUGCGUGCAUGAUGGUCUCUACCUCAAAGUAAGUCUUUGUAUCCCAGUUAUUGGGGUUCCCAUAUAGAGGGCCAGCGCAAGUAGUUUAUAAGGAUGAGAGAGAAAUUUGAUUCAGUUUGCAUAUAAAGGUGAACCUACUUUCCAAGACAAUGCGAGAACUGAAACAUUGCCAUCUUUUGAAAUUCGCACUUUGCUGAAUUUUGCAAGGUAGUUCUCCAGCCAAGUAAUGUGUGUAUAGAAAUGCACAUAUUUGUGAAAACAACGUGCAAGAUGCAUGCUUUGCAAAGUUGUAUAUAUUAGGCAAAACUGCGGUAAAAAUUUAUAAGGAGAAAUUUUCACAAAGUGAUGUGGAAGUGUGGAGAACUGAUUGGGAAAUGGAGAGAAACCAAAACAGAUUGGUCAGUAAUGAAGGAUAUGAUUUUACAAAUAACACACAUACCUCUAAUGGAAGGGACAAUAUGACUGCGCUCAUGUCAUGCUUAUGGCCUUCCUGUGGGCAUUUGGUUGGCCACUGUGAGAACAGAAUGCUGGACUAGAUAGUCCUUUAAUCUAGUAGUGAUUUUACAUUCUUAAAUAAAUAAAACACAUUUUUAUAAGAUGAAGUAGUUGUUACUGCUCUGAAGGAGGUAGCUGUGGAUCCAAUGCUGAAAACCCUCUUCAAGACACAAUCCAGGAUCCAUUUGGAUGAGUGAAUUCGGAAUAGGCAGAUCUCCAGCUGAGCCUCGGCUAAGCCCAGGGCUGGCUAGGACAUUUUGAUGCUUGAGAUAAAACUUCCCAGCGCCACCUGGUCAGUCACAUGACUAGUGUAACCCUGUGCAACUUACGUUGACAAAAAGGGUGGUGUAAAUGAAACUCUGCUUCAAAGUCUUGUUUUCUCUCUGCCAGUCUCAGGCCAGCUCAGCCAGCAGUAGCCUUGCUACUGAGUCAAGUUUGGAAUAGGGGUAACGUACACUGGGUUAGUUUUCCUUAGGUCAGAAAUAAACUUGUGCAUCUUUUACAUGGGAAAUCAGCACGUGAACAUUCUAAAUAAGCUGACACCAUUAAAUAAAAAGAAAUUGCUGUUGGAAUGUUUGCAUUAUUUUCCAACUCCCCUAACUUUAUUUCUUUAUCCGGGAAUUUCCCAACAGGCUGGAGAGAGCAUCUUCUCAAGCAAUUGCAUGGAGAAAUGCACCUGCGGUGACUUGGGCAAACUUACCUGCGUUAAUAGCAGCUGCCAAAUAGACACCUGCGCACUUAAGGAUGGUCGUCGUGCCUGUGAGAGCAUGGAACAUCUGGAGGGCGAGUGUAGACUCACCCCUGGAGCCCAACUCAGUUCAUUUGAUGGUGCCUCAGGGAAGUACUUCUGCGAUGGAGUUUAUGACUUGGUCUCUGUUUGUGACGAAAGUGCCCCCUUCUGGUUCAGGGUGUCCGUGAGCAUUGGAAAGGACAAUGAGGAUAGCUUGGUAGCUGGGAGAGCAGUCUAUGUUUUCUUCCCUGACGCAUCCAUCACUGUCAAAAAGAACAACAGGACAUGGGUAAGUAGAGUUCAGGAUGGAGUAUGCCAUGGGGAAAAAUAUAUCUAGUUCCUAAUAAUAUAUAUUUCUUCUUAUGACUUGUCUAUGUGUUCAUCACUAGUCACUGCAGCUUGUUCUUUGCUUACGUGAUGUGUGGGCUUAUCGUAAAAGGUAAAGGGACCCCUGACCAUUAGGUCCAGUUGCAGAUGACUCUGGGGUUGCAGCGCUCAUCUCGCUUUAUUGGCUGAGGGAGCUGGGAGUCAUGUGGCCAGCAUGACUAAGCCGCUUCUGGCAAACCAGAGCAGCACACAGAAAAGCCGUUUACCUUCCCGCCACAACGGUACCUAUUUAUCUACUUGCAGUUUGACGUUCUUUCAAACUGCUAGGUGGGCAGGAGCAGGGACGGAGCAACGGGAGCUCACCUCGUUGCGGGAUUCGAACCACCGACCUUCUGAUCAGCAAGUCCUAGGCUCUGUGGUUUAACCCACAGCACCACCUGUGUCCCAGGGCUUGUAAAUGAACAGAGAGGAAGAAGCCCCCAAAUAACUUGGACCCCCCUAAAUGUCUUAGUUUUUAAAGGUCAGUUGUUCAACUUUGAUUGUUUGUGAAGUCUGAAAGUAUACAUCAGGGAUGGCAGAUCUGUGGCCCUCCAGAUGUUACUGGAUGACAACUUGCAUCAUCCCUGAUCACUGGCUUUGUUAGUUGGGGUUGAUGGGAUGUUCACAGGGUCCCCACCCCUGGGACAUAUCCACAAUAGUUUGACUAUAUUGGGGAGUUUAGAACUUACAGGAAAUUCCCAGUAUUUUCAAAGUGACCUGAGCCAAUGGUGAUGUGGGGUAACUCUGAAACCACAAUCCCUGAAAUAGCCAUAGAUUAUUCAAAGUAGUCCUUGUUUACAAUAAUCCUACUUGAGGCUUCCUUCGCAAUAAGGUGCAGAACUGUAGCUCAGUGGCUGUCAGGCUUGAGGAAUCCUCCCCUUCACCCCAAUGGCACCAAGAAGCAGGGAGGAAACGCGAAAGUUCUUACUUAUGAUUUAUUAAGUCAUCACAAUAAAGGACAAAGAAUUUCGGUCAUAUUGGAGCUGCUCUCACUGAGCUCCUCCCCCUUCCCUCUCUAGCAACAACACCUGCUUCUACGGCGUCUGUCCAUGGACAAUUGUCUAUGUGCUCUUUGUUCUUAACAAAUGCUGCAUUUUGGGAGAAGGGGGGGUUGGGUAUGCUGUCCAGUGACGUGUCAGCUAGUUUCUCUGCCUCCAUCCCUCCUUCUCCUAACACAACAUAACUCUGCUGUUUGCCUGUCUCUGAGCUGCUAUCUUCCUCAAAGCCCUGCUGUAAUUCAAGACUGCCUUCCUCCUCCCUGGAAGCUACAGGAGAUGGGGGGGGGAGAUCUCCACCAUUCUCCCUCCUCUUCAGUACAAUCCCUGACAGUGGCAGAGCAUUUGCUUGGCAUGCAAAAUGUCCCAGGUCCAGUCCCAGCUAGAACUGGGAAUAUUCCCUGCCUUAAACCCUGGAGAGCUUCUGCUAGUCAUUGGGGACAAUAAUGAACUAGAUGUACCCAAUGGCCUGACUUGGUCUAAGUCACCUUCCUAUUUUACCAAGUGGAUUGGCUGCUUCCCAUCAUAAAAGAGAUUCUCUGGACUAUUACACAACCCCAUUUUAUAUACUAAUUGGCAUUUGCUUGGUUGGGGAAGUAUACGGUAAUUAAUCCAUGGAAAUAAUUAAAAGUUGCACAGUCCGACUAGCUGGAAGAUUAAGGUAGGUCCUCUUAAACAGUUUUUCUCUGAUCUUUCCAAGACUGUUUUUAGAGGCACUCACAAGACAGAGUCCCCUGCCAACACGAAAAAUGAAAUGCCUGCUCAUUUUUAAUAAUUUGAUGCUGAAGAGUAAUAGGGGCAAUCUCAUGGUUUAUGACAGGAAACCAUCAUUUUUGGAUAGCUGGAGGUUUUCCAUCACUGUGCCUCCUUGAUGGAGGAUUACAUUUUUCAUCCAUUUUUGCCUGCUUAGCAGCUGUUAAGGCACAGGGCCUAAUUCAACCAAAAGGGCGUAUUUCUCAAGAAAUCUUCCAUCUCAUUCAACAGUGGAAGGCUAAAGCAGAGAUAGCUUCCAGAUGUUGUUGUACUGCAGCUCUCAUGAUUCAUUGGCCAUGCUGGCUUGGGCUGAUGAAAGUCGAAGGCCAGCAUCUGAAAGGCCAUAGGGUUAUUAUGAUUUCUUCACUGAUCCCUUUGCUCUUCAACGGUGGAUGAAAUUCGGCUUCUCCACAUAUACCUUUGUGCUCUUUUAAUCAAGAUUAAUGGACGACUGCAGAAUAACUAGGUUGCUGUCUAGGUUUGUCAUUGCUUUUCUCCCAAGAAGCAGGCGUCUUUUAAUUUUGUGACUGCUGGAGCCCUUUACCAUUAUUUAACUCUGGUUGUGAAUACCUAGGGAGUUACUAAUAUGUGAAUGGUGAAGUUGACUUGGUGUUGUUAUUUAGUAGAUGUAGCUUAAGUUUAUUUAGAGUUGGUUCCAAUGUUUUCUUGACUUUAGAUGCUUAAUGCAAAGUUAGCCUCUGGUGUAUUCUACAUGUUAAUUGGCUUUUGCCUUUAUUAGUUGGUGUGAAUUCUGAGGUUCUUGCUGGCUUCUUGGCCUUCAUCAAAACAAGAUCUCAUGCCCCAAUCUUUAUGUGUUCCAGGUAAAUGGACGUCCAGUAAGCCUGCCAUACAAGGUCUCUAAAGAGGUGUCUGUGAGCAAAGUUCACGAUGGGAUGCAGAUUGACCAGGCCUCUCAGGUGCAGGUUCUCCUUCAUCCCAGUGGAGAGGUGAGAGUGAAAGUCAGGAAGUCCCUCGCAGGGAAGCUGUGUGCCCCAUGUGGAAACUUCAAUGAUGACAGCACUGAUGAACUGAAGAUGCCCAGCGGAAAGGUGGAAACAAACGUUGCUGAGGUCCUACAUGCCUGGAAGGCCAGAGACUUCUAAAAGGAGCAUAUUUCUCUGUGGGCGGCUGGUCUUUCUUAAUACACAAGAACUGCAGAUCUGCUUAUUUUCAACUUAUUUCUGAGCAGAGAUGUAGGCAAUUACAUCAUAGUUUCACCUUUGGAAAACAACAACAAAAAACACAAAAAUGGAUUUUGUCGAAUUAUAUUGUGUAGAAGCAAUCCUGAGCUGACAAUAACAAGGCUGACUCUUCAGUGACCCAUCAGUUACAUUAAUACUUAAUUGCAUUGUUUGUGAUGAACACUGUAAUAUUAUCAACUGAAAAAUAGUGCAGCAAUGAACAUCAGAUAUAAAAUUGUUAUCCUGGCAGUGGGGGAAAAACAGUUUUGUUACCAGAUUUUUUUCAAUUUUAUUUCUGAAGCUGAGUAGCAACAGGGAGUCAGUAGUGGGGAUGGUGAAACAAAAGACCCUAGGCCCAAGCACAUAUGCAUAUUGUAUAAAGGUGCAAAGCCCUUCUUUCGAACCCUGUGAAAGAAACAUAAAUGCACAGAGUUUUUAAAAAAUGGCAACGGUGCGCCGCUCACCCGUGACUCCUGAGCCUCCCCCGAUCUCCUUCCCCCUUCCCCCUUUGUUUUGACUGAUCGGGGGAGGCUCGGGAGUUGUGGCUGACUGGCCAUUGCCCAGUUGUUUUAAAAAAAACAACUGCGCAUUUAUGUUUCACAGGGUGCGAAAGAAGGGCUUUGCACCUUGCGUGGCAGAGAAACCGCACGCCUUGCACCCCUCCUGGGCAACGCCCGCCCGCAACUCCCGAGCCUCCCCUGAUCUGUCAAAACGAAGGGGGAAGCGGGCAGGAGAUCUAUACCCCUGGACAGCCCCAGUUCUCCUUUGGCAGUGGCGGCGGCAGUGAGCAGCGAGCAGCUCCUGAAGCCAGCCAGAGCCAUCUGCGCUACCAGGCUGGCUCCGGGCUGCUGAGGCUGCCACUGCCACAUUUCCCGGAGACAGAUUUGCAAAUCUGGGGACAUUCUAGGGAUGGAAUUUGUCCAGGGACAGAUUUGCAAAUCCAGGGACUGUCCCCGGGAACCGGGGAUGUCUGGUAACCCUAGUUUUGUGGUACCUUAAGGAGCACCUCCAUUUUAAACCAUUC